AUGGCCGCCAUCUAUACGGUCUACACCUCGCCGAACCAUCCCCCCAUCCCGAACCACCUCCCAACCCUCAUCGUGACCCCGCAUGGACAGCCAUCCAACAUUCUAUAUUCUUACCUCCAUACCAACUUCAACACCGAGAACUAUCUCUUGACGCCUUCUCCGCAAGGGGACCUGUGCGUGGCCAAGUUAUUCCCGCCGCGUCAGGGUGGGCCUGGUAAGGCCACUGCUUCCGAUCCUGGCCACUCUACGACCUCUUCCUCGCGUGUUGUUCGCUGCGAAGCCUCUCGGAAUCUCAAGUGGUCAAUCACUAAUACGGGCGUUCUGUCUCCUAUUUACAAGCUUGCUCUCCCAUCUCCCGACUCGGCAGAUCUGCCACUAUUCCAGAUAUCUAAACCCAAUCCCAAUGCUGCCUUUUGGAGCAUGUUUUACUUCGCGUAUGCAGGUCAUAAUAUACCCCCAAAGCGAAUCGAAUUUGGGAAGAUUAUGAAGAACCCGCCGGGCCCGAAUGGCGGUGGGACUCGCAUCAGCAUCACGGGCAAGACCCCCGAGGAGAAAGCGGUAUGGCAGACUUUGGGCGAGGGUAAUGAAGAUUGUGUUGAGUGGGUGGUUCUUUGUGCCGCCCUGAAUCUUCUCGACGAUGAGAUUAUCAAAGCAGCCGAGAAGAACCCGCCGCCACCGUCGGCGCCUGGUCCAAUGCCCAAUGGACAUCCUCCCGCUGGCCCUGGAGGACGUCCUACUCCAGUCGCUCUGCGUGACCCCGGUCCUACGCAACCUGUCGGCCCAGGGCAGCCCAUGCGUUCCAAUACUAUGCCUCCCAGUACCAAUGCCAUGCCUCCCAAUAACGCACCCCCAAAUAUUCAGCAACAUCAGCAACACCACCAAUACCAGCAGCCCCAACAACACCCGCAACACCAACAACACCAGCAGCACCAACAACACCAUCAUCAACAACCACCAAUGCGUGGGCCACCGCCCGGCUCGCACGGACCUGCUCCUCCCGCCGCCCUCGUACCAGGCGCAGGCAGGGGAGGUCCACCCCCUGGUCCCCAUGGAUAUCCCCAGCAAGGUCCCCCCCGCGGACUUGGUUUCGGCGGCGCUCCUCCCCCACAAGGAUACGGUCCUGGCACUGGUCAGGGCUAUCCCCCAGCAGGUCCAGGACAGCCGCGACCUGGUCCACCCGGACAGCCCGGCAUGUAUCCCCCUGGUGGGGCAUACCCGCAACCUGGCCCCGGCCGUCCAGGCAUACCCCCGCAGUUGCAGGCUCAGGCUCCCAGACGGUUUUAG